UAGCAGUGCUCGGCUAACUUCUUCUGGCGGCGUUGGUGCAGUCCGCGGUACGGCGGCAACGCGCGAUGUUGUGGUUACCCCAGUCGAGCAAGUGUCCGGCGACCACAGUUUGCAUCACCACAAAAGCGGCGCGAAGUCGAGCGGACGCACGCGGCGGCACUCGCGGCACCACCACCAGGUCGACCGGAAUAUGGAGCAAGAGCUUUUUGGCGCGGCGGAGGAACUGUUGCGGGAGUUCCAGCCCGAGCCCACUCCGGCAAUCGACUAUUUCGGCUUCGGAGAAGUGAUGAUGAGCCCCGCGGUGUCCGCGAAGUCCUGCAGCCCCUUGACCACGCAGAGUGGUGGUCCUCAAGGGGCCCCGCUGCUCCACCACCACCACUCCGGUAGUAUGAUUCCCCCGGCGGCGGGAGGCAAAGGCGCCAACUUGCACUACCGAGAUCCUCAACAUGUGCUGUCGCACCCCGUACAACACCAGCACUACGGUAUUCGCAAGGGCUCGAGCGCAGACAACCUGGUCCUCACGCACAACUCGGGUCGCGCGAGCACGAGUCCGACUGCGGCAGUAACUACACGCACGGAUGUUCAUCUUGUGGACAAUUAUGCGUCAACGUCUUCAGCACUGGAUCUCCAGCACCCGGGCCUCCAGGAGCAGCAGCUCCAAGUACCGCUGUGCACGACCGCAGACAUACAGCGUGACCAGAGUGGUAUCAGCGCUUACUCGGGUACCUUGUCCAGCGGCAACAGUGGCUCCUCGGAGCAGGUUGCGCACCCCGCUGAGCAGGCACAGAC